AUGGACAACCGCAACGGCUACGGGCCGGUCAACGUCGACGACGGCUCCACGCUUCAGGGCGAGCCGCGGCGCAGCUCCAUGGCGACGGAGCGCGACGGCAUGUUCGACACGUCGCCGGCGCUGAAGGAAGCCAGCGCGUCCGUCAUGAACGCCAUGGCGGCGCCGUCGGGGCGCACGUCGAUGAGCACGACGCGGACGUCGCGCGCGGUCGAACACUUCGACGGCAACCCCAACAUCCCGCCCUACGAGUCCAUCGCCGAGAACCCCGAGUACAACCGGGGCGCGUCGUCGAAGCGGAUGCCGCCAGCCGGGUGGAUUGACUUCAUGGACCGCUGGCACGAGUACUGGAUCGGCGAGCUGAUAGCCGUGCUGGUGAGCCUGAUCUGCUUCGCCGUCGCCAUCUGGAUCCUCGCCGACGCCGACGGCAAGCGGCUGGCCGACUGGGGGCCGUCCAUCUCGCCCAAUGCCAUGGUCUCGACCUUCAUCACCAUCUCCCGCUUCCUCAUGCUCGCCGUCCUGGCCGAGUGCAUCGGCCAGCUGCGCUGGCUCUACUUCCAGCCCGCCGACAACAAACCGCGCCCGCUGGCCGACCUGGACCUCUUCGACGGCGCCAGCCGCGGGCCCAUCGGGUGCGUGAAGCUGCUGCUGCGGCUGCGGGCGGAUGCGCUGGUUGCGUCGUGGGCUGCAUUAGUCGUGGUCGUCGCGCUGGCCAUGGAUCCCUUCGCGCAGCAGAUCCUCUCGUUUCCGUCGCGGAUCGCGCCGCUCGACAGUGCGAUCGCGAUCAACGGCACUUGGCUCCCUGCUGUCCAGGGUAUCGAAUCGGACAGCGAGCUCCUUUCCGCCGCCAACUUACGCAAAACCAUUUUCGGCGCCCUCGUGGGCCUCGAAGAACAAAUCGACUUUGGCUGCCCAACCGGGAACUGCACCUGGGACGCAUUCAGCUCGCUGGGGCUGUGCAGCGUCUGCGAGGACGUGUCGAGCUCCGUCACGCCGACUUGCUCGAACUCUUCGACUUCUUAUUCGGAACUGUCUCCCGAAACCAUCGCCAACGCGACGUGCCCGCAGCUUACUUACACCUUGUCUGACUACCAUAAUCUGACCCUCGUCCUGCAGAACGGCUCCCUCGUCGAGCAAUCGCUGACGGGCGCGGCCGCCGGCAAUGCGCUGCACAACCAGGACCCCCUCGGCAAGCUCUAUACGCUCGUCAGGUCCGUUGCGAGCGAGGCGUAUCCGGCCGGCAUCAAGGAUCCGCGCUUGUUCGAGUUCGCGGUGGCGCAGUUGAUGGUCGGAGAGGAGGCGUCGGGGCAAGCGUGGGAUGCGAGUACCUUGGCGAGUCCGAAGUGGAAUGUCACUGCGUGCGCGGUCAGUUGGUGUGCCAAAGUGUACGAGGACGUUGAGGUGAAAAACGGAAAACUCCUCAACGCCACGCCCCGCGACGUCGAGCUCACGGCAACCUCAUCCAGCGACUGCUGGACCUCGUCCACCUGCCAAGAAUUCCAGCCCACGAACUCGUCCGCCCUACCGGCCUCGAACUCCUCCGACAGCACCACCACCACCAACUCCUCCAACACCACCACGACCUUCACCCUCGCCCUCACCAACACCACCACCUCCCCCUUCUCCCCCCUCCUCUCCACCGACCACAACAUCACCCUCGCCACCAACCGCACCGACCCCUCCUCCACCAACGAAUCCUUCCAAAUCGCCACCGCCCACGCCCCCGCCCUCUCCCCCUCCACCCUCCUCUGGCAAACCCCCUCCAUCUCCACCUUCUUUUCCGCCCUCUCCUUCGCCCUCACCACCUCCCUCCUCCUCACUUCCUCCCCCAACACCACCACAUCCCUCAAUUCCCUAUCCACCCCCAUCCCCGGCCACCCCCUCGCCCCCCAACCCAUCAUCACAACCUCCUGGCCCUGGCUCGCCCUCCCCGCCUUCGUCGUCGCCUCCGCGCUCGUCAUACUCGCGACGUGCGUGGUGCUCACGCGCAUGAAGGGCCCCGACGAGCGCGUCGCGUGGAAGGCGAGCAACUUGCCGCUGCUGCUGCUGUGCCCGCCGCGCGGCGAGUGGAGGGAGGACGAGUGGCGGAAGGGGAGGGGGAGGGGCAGGGUCGGCGUCGUGGUGAGGGGGAUGAGGGGGAGGUUGGAUGUGCAGAUGCAGCCGGGUGGUGGGGAGAAGGGGGAGAAGGGGAAGAGUGGGGGUGGUGGGGUUGGUGGCGGGGGUGGGGUGGGGUUUGUGAGGGGAUGA